AUGUCUAAACACAGGAAGGAAUUAUUUUAUAAUAUAAAAGACAAAGCAAAAGAGAAUAGGAAAUAUAAGAAUCAUGAAAAUUUAAUACUGUCAUCUGAUAAGGAAAUGGAUGAAUCUGUAAGUGAUUCGCAAAAUUUUUGUUUGAAAUUGUCACAAGACUCAAUUGUAUGUGAUACACAAGAUGGUAUUGUAAAUGAUGAAGAAGAUAUAAUAGUAAUAAGUGACUCUAGUUCUACUUGUUCUAGUCCUAAAUGUUCUCCUAAAUUAAAACUUAAGCUAAACAGACAUUAUGGUACAAACAAAAAUGUAGGUAGUCAGAAUUCUACAGAUUCUUCGAAUGCUUCGGAAGAAAGAUUUUUUCAAGCAAGGGGAAAAAAUAAAGGUCAUAACUUUGUUUUCCACGAUUGGAAAAAGAAAAAUAGAAAGAAAAAUAAUACAUUGUUUAUUUCUGAUGAUUCCUCAUCCAACAGCAGUGAACCAAGUAAAAGAUAUAUUUACAGCUCCAAUAAAGCUAGUAGUAAUUCUAUUAGUUCUGCCUCAGACAAGAUUAAAACUAUGCAAAAAGCAAGUACUGAAAUCUAUAGUACUGCAGCGAAUGAAAAAAAUCUAUUAUCAGGUUCUGCUGUUGGUAGCAGCAGUUCUAAGAAUUUAGGAGGUUUAAACAGACCUGAUAAAGUUUUAUCUGCUACUAAUAAACAAUAUGACAAUUUCAAUAGAAAGCUUACUCCAAAAAAUGCUCGAGACAUUAUGAAAAAUAUAAAGGCAACAAAAAUUGUAUAUGAGUCACCCAGGAGGCAGGACAAUAUUGUAAUUAACAAAAGCAUAGAUAAUCAGAUGCAUCCAGCUAUUUCAUCUAAAGAAAUAAGGAAUAAAAUUAUUGAUGAAAGUAUAGAAAAUUCUGAGAGUGACAUAAUUGAAGGAUCUCAAAUAAAUUCAACAAAUUUUUAUAAGAAUCAUGUUAGUAGGUUUUUGGAUACACCAUGUGUAAGUAAGCACGAGGAAAUAAUAGGCAUGGAAUUAUCAGAAAGGAAAAAAAAACAAAUUUCAACUUGGCUCAUGACAAAUUCAACCGAAUCAAUAAGUGAUAAUUCUUUUGAUAUUGUGCCUGCCACUAAUAGGGAUGAUGUAAGUUCUGGAAAUAGCAGUCUAGAAAGAUUAGAAAUGAAUUAUGAAACUCCAAAUAAUAGAGGAAAAAUACAUCAUGUACCUACAAGUAAAAAAUUAAUAAAUCAAGAUCGUGAUAAAAUAAUUCAACCUACAGUACCACGACAAACUAUAUUGCAUGAGGUUACACAACAAUCAGAAACUGAUGUUCCUAAAGUUUGCACACCAAAAAAUAAUUGCACUAAUAAUGUAUUUUCCACUCCUACAUUAUGUAACCCACAAAAUGUAGAUAUUAUGGACUGUGCAGAUAUAUUAGAGAAGGUAUAUGGUAAAUCUUGGCGAGAAAAGGCAGCUUUAUUACUUUCAAAAUCUGAACCACGAAGACAAGUAAUAUCUACAAGAAACAGAGCUGUUCAAACUGAGAAAAAAAUAAUCAACAAAAAGAAAAUUUAUAUAACAGAUUCAGAUGAUGAUGAUUACAAUACAUCUUUAAAGGAUUUGCAAGCAGGAAAAUGUUUAACGGAGAAAAAUACACGAAAAAAUACUAAAGAAAAAAAUAGUUUUAUCAAUGACUACACAUCAUCAGAAAGUGGUUGUGAAAGUUCGUAUUACACUGCCCUGACAAAUCCAAAGAUAACAGCCAAUGUAAAACCAAAAUCAACAGUCACACCAAUUGUACAAAGAGCUCUUGCAAUAUGUGAUUCGGAUACUGACAUUGAAAAUGAGAAAAGUAAUAAAAUUCGUGAUUCGAGAAGGAAGAAAUUGUUAUUCAGUGAUGAUGAAAGUGAAAAUUCAAGUACUAGCGAAUUUGAUCCUGGCGACGACGUGCCAUCAAAACCUACAGCUAAGAAAGAUUCUAAUAAAACUGCACGACAAAUAUUUAAGAAAAAUACCACAAUUAAAUCGAUCUACAAUCGAAAGUAUGAAAAACAUAACACCUUUUUGGCAUCUUUAUCUGAAAAUGUUCCCAUUGCUAAUGCACAUCCAGAUGCCAUAAAAUACAGAACAGAUUAUAAGAAUAAUAAACAAAAUUUGUGCAAUUAUUUAUAUAAAUUAUACAAUGAAAACGUAUUUGAUAAAAAAUUACCAGAAGAUAUGUUAAUCGAGUGGAAUGUCCGUAUGAGAGGGAGUGCUGGUUUUUGUUACAAUAAGAAAUCUUUGAAAACACUUGGGGGUGUCGUAAAAUCUUCAAGAAUAGUGCUGGCAACAAAAGUUUUAGACACGCCAGAUAGACUUCGAGACACUUUAAUUCAUGAAAUGUGCCAUGCAGCAGCUUGGUUGAUAAAUAAUGUUUCAGACGGUCAUGGUCCAUUUUGGACAGGAUGGGCCAAUAAAGCAACAAAGACAUUUCCUGAGCUACCACCAAUCCGAAGGUGUCAUGAUUAUAAAAUUAAAACAAAAUUCACGUAUAAAUGUAUAGGCUGUGGAUACAGCAUUGGUAGACAUUCUAAAUCAUUGGAUACUGAAAAGAAACGAUGUGGCCUUUGCUAUGGAAAAUUUGAAUUAUUAAUAAAUAAAACAACAAAAUCUGGAACCGUACAAGUGCAGACACCUAAAAAGGAACUUAACGGAUUCGCGCGUUACGUAAAAGAUAAUUAUAACAUUAUAAAGAAAGAACGUAAUAUAAAGCAUGGUGAAGUGAUGAAGAUUUUAGGUCAGCAAUUUUCUGCAAUUAAAAUUGCAACCAAACAAGGAAAUUGUACGAACGAACAGGAUAUUCCUGGUUAAAUUAGCAUUGGAACUUUAAAUUUAGACUGAGCAUUGUUUUAAAGCGCCUUUUUAACAUAAGUUAAGAGUAUCGCUAUUUUAAUAAGUAAUUUAUGACCCGUGAAACUUAUCCGAUUUUACCAUUGCAGGCAUGGAUGUAAGUUUUAAAAUGAAAUUUUGGUUAUAUACAAAAAUAAGGUUAUUAUAUUAUGUAUAAGAAUCUGUAACUUUUUUGUAUAUAUGUUAUAU